CAUCGAUUGUCUCUUCAUAUCAUUCCUUAUCUGAACAAGAACCAGCGUCAUGGCAGGAUCCAGGUAUGCAUACGUCCGCAAUUUUGAACUACCAGAUCCAGUAUUACCAAAUACAUACAUGCUAGUUCGAAUCGAUGGUAAAGGAUUUCAUCGUUUUUCAAACGAUCACAAUUUCACAAAACCAAAUGAUGGUAAAGCAUUAGAGUUAAUGAACGAAGCAGCAAGAUUUGUCAUGAACGACCUUAGACCUGAGAUCACACUCGCAUUUGGGGAGAGUGAUGAAUAUAGCUUCUUGCUUCGACCAUCGUGUACAUUGUACAAAAGACGAUCAAGUAAGCUUGUCACGCACAUCGUUUCUCUCUUCACUUCAGCAUACGUCUUCAAUUGGUCAAAAUAUAUGGACUGUUCGUUACAGUAUCCUCCUUCAUUCGAUGGAAGGCUGGUAAUUUAUCCAUCGCAAAAAGAGGUAAAAGACUACUUUGCCUGGCGACAAGUCGAUACGCAUAUCAAUAAUCUAUACAAUACCACUUUUUGGGCUUUGGUAUUGCAAGGCAAUCAAACCGAAAGGGAAGCACAUGAAACACUCAAAGGAACAGUCUCUUCCGACAAGAAUGAGAUCUUGUAUAAUCGCUUUCAGGUCAAUUAUGAUAAAUUGCCGGCCAUGUUCAGGAAAGGAACUACUUUGGCUUGGGAUGCUCGUCCGGAGAAGUUGAAUGAGGGAGAAGGAGCACAGGAGAAAAAGCCAGAGAAAGUCAAGGCACGGCUAAGGACGUUGCACGUUGAUAUAAUCGGAUCACACUUUUGGUCAGAGAGCAGCAAGCAGAAGAGGGAAGUAUCACAACUGGAAAGCAACGAACAGCAGCCUUGGGAAGAUCAGGAUCGUACAACAGACACCAAUUCAUUAGGUUUUACAGCCUUGAAACCCUAAAUAUACCCAUGUUAGAUAGAUUAUUGUACAGUAUAGAGCAUAAA